UGCUCGGGCCGGGAUGCCGGAGCCGCGGCGGGCAGCGGUGCCGGGAGGAUGCGGGGAUGCUCGGGGGGAUGCGGGGCCCCGGUGCGGCAGGGAAGCCCGGGGAGGAUGCAGGGAUGCCUGGGAGGAUGCAGGGAUGCUCGGGGGGAUGCAGGGAUGCCCGCAGAGGACACAGGUAUGCCCGGGGCCGCUGGCGUGCCGGGCAGAGCCUGGAGGGUGCCCUGGAGCGCGGGAAUGCCCACGGGAUGUCCUUGGCGUGGGGUGUUGUGGGGUGUGCCGGGUUUGCGGGGUGUGGGUGGUGCCCUGCAGCACAGAGGGAUGGGUGGGGUGUGGAAAGGGUCCCUGGUGCCCAGGGGCUGCUCCACGUGUGCUCCAGUACCCCGGGAGGGAACGGGAUGGGACAGGGAGCAGUUCUGCCCAGGGAUGAGGGAACAGCCCCCUCCUGCUGCCAUGGGGCCGUAGCCCCACAGGGCCCUGCAGCCUCUCCAAACGGGGUCCCCGGCUGUGGGGCUGCAGCCCCGUGGCCUCUGGCGAGGGGCAGCUCAUCCUGGGGGCUGGCACAGGCGGACAGCACGGGAUGGUCACAGCCAGGCUGGCCAUGGAAUGCUCUGGAAGCACGUGAGCGUGUGCACAUGUGUGUGAGUGUGCGCCGGGAGCGUGCACGGAGCAGCAUCGCUCCCCCACGGCUGCACUGCCGGGUGUGCUGGGGCACGAGGCCUGGCGUGGGAGCACCGGGGAGCACCGGAGCAGAGCUGUGGGUGGCACCUGAAGCCCUGGCUGCCCGUCCAUGGAACGCAGUGGCACCUGCCACCCCCGGGACACUCAGCUCCCUCCCCUCGCCAUGGCCCAGCCAUCUCCAGGCUCAGGUUUGGGUUUGUUUGCCUCCAUCCUCCUCUCCUUGGGGCUCUGGAAGGGAUGCACCGUGCCCACCCCGUGAUGCCACCCCGUCCAGCCGCCCUGUGACACGGCCCCUGGCGCGGGGGGGACCCGGCAGCCAGACGGGAGCCCCGGUGGGGACCUGCUCUGCAGCCACCGCCCUGUUUGCCCCGGCACCGGCCUCACCCGUGCCGGCAGGGGGAGAGGCGGAGCUGACCGCUGGCCCCACGCUGGGGCACUCGAGAGGCCCCGGAGAUGGCCUUCCAGCGGAGCCACCGGCUGAACCUGCUGCGCCUCGUCGUGCUGCUCCUCGUUGCCUUGGCUGGCAUCAAAUUCCUCUUCCGUGACAGCUUUACCCUGGAGCUGCAAAAGCACGUCAGCAAGGACAGCGGGUUCUGGGGGGACACAGGUGACAUCGUCCAGGACAUCAUCCCCCAGAGCCAGGUUCUGGAGGUCCCUGCAGCAAAGAUAAUGGCCCUGAAGCAAAAGCAGCAGGUCCCCCGGGAUGUCAGCACCACCGAGAUGAGGCUGGUCCACCUGGACCUCAAGGGAGCUGCGCCCAGAGUCUCCUACCUGGAGCAGGUGUUCCCCCUCCUGUCCCAGCUGGGAGCCAACGGUGUCCUCAUCGAGUACGAGGACAUGUUCCCCUUCAAGGGGGAGCUGGAAAUCCUCCGGUCCCCGUACGCUUACAGCGAGGAGGACAUCGAGCGGAUCCAGCAGCUGGCGGAACAGCACAAGCUGGAGGUGGUUCCCCUGGUGCAGACCUUUGGCCAUGUCGAGUUCAUCCUCAAGCACGAGAAGUACCAGCACCUGCGGGAGGUCGAGCGCUUCCCCAACAGCUUCAACCCCCAUGUCCCCGACACCCUGGCCCUGCUGAAGAGCAUCCUGUCACAGGUGAUCGAGAAGCACCGGCGCUCCACCUGGAUCCACAUCGGCGCAGACGAGGUUUUCCAUCUUGGGGAGGGGAUGGACUCCAAGAACUGGAUGAGCCACAACAAGGGCGACGUGGGGACCAUGUACCUGAAGCACAUCAAGGAGGUUCUGGGCUUCCUCACGGCGCAGUUCUGGGGGCUGCGGGUGCUCAUGUGGGAUGACAUGCUGAGGAAGAUCGGCGUGGGAGCCCUGCGGGAGUCCGGGAUAGCAAAGCACGUCUCGCCUGUGGUGUGGUUCUAUGCACCCGACUUCGAGGCUGAGCAGAUCGUGCCCUUCCUCACCAAGUACGUGGAGAGCGGCUUCGAGGCGGUUUGGUUCGCCAGCGCCUUCAAGGGCACCACGGGGCCGGCGCAGGCCUGGACCCCGCUGAGCUACCACCUGAAAAACCACCUGAGCUGGCUGAAGGUGAUGCAGGCCGUGCCACGGCUGGCCCCGCUGCGCCUGCAGGGCGUCGUGCUCACCGGCUGGCAGAGGUACGAUCACUACUCGGUGCUCUGCGAGCUGCUGCCUGUCAGCAUCCCCUCGCUGGCCAUCUGCCUGCAGACCCUGGUGAACGGGGGCUUCACAGAAGAGGCAAAGAGGAAGGUCCUGGAUGUGCUGGGCUUGGAGAGCGUGCAGCUGGAGCAGAGCACCUGCGAGGGCAGGGGAGCGUUCCCUGGUGUGGAGAUCUACCACAUGGUGGAGCAGGUUAAUGGGCACCUGAAGGACAGCAUCCUUAAGGCACUGGAGGAGGAGAGUGCCAUCAAGGGCUGGUUCAGCCCCUACCACCGGAAGCGCCAGUUUGGGAACCCCCGCAACAUGGAGAGCUUUGGCAGCAAGGUGCUGAAGCUCCAUGAGGACUGGGAGAGCUUUGUGCGUGACCUGCGAGCCCAGCUGGAGAGGAUCUACUUCCCCGACACAGUGGAGGAGUGGAUGGAGGAGAACGUCAACCCCUACCUGGACCAGCUGCGGGACCUGGUGCGGGACUACCGGGCCAUCAUCCGCCUCAACGGCCGGCCCAAGGCCGCGUAGGGGCUGCAGCCCCCCGGGCCCUGCCCCCUGGCUGGGCUUUGGGGCUACCACGCCGUGUCUGUUUGCUGGUGACGGCGCUGCCGCUGCUGUUUGCACUGUACAGAGCCCCUGCACUGCCCCUCCACAAUAAAGUAUUU